AUGUACAACCUCCUCUCUCUCGUUCUGGCCUGCUCCUCGUUGGCGAUAGCGAAACCUAUCGCUGAUGUAUCGGCGUUUCAAGGUAUCACCGAACGCGAUGUAGAACUCCUGCCGCGAUACGGUCCUCACACAAGGGGUGUGAUGGUUAGGCGUGAUGCUAAUAAGACCUUUGACUUGGGCUUUGAAGCCAAUGACGUGACGUUGUUCUCUGGUUCAUGGCCAGGGCCCACAGGCACGAGUCUCUCCCUCGAUCUUUCCUGUGUCGAGUGCAAGACCUUUGGCGAGCUUAACGCGUUCAUGGAGUUCCCGGACAACCUCGAAGAGCUGCUGAAGGACCUGAAGGACUUCAACCCGUUCAACGAUGCCAGCCUUACAGUCGGUUUCCAGGGAGUCGGUGCUCUCGUGGACCUCAGCGUCACGACCACAGGAACUGGUCAUUUCACUAUACCGUUGUACAAGACCGAGUCUCCUCUUGGCAUCACCGGCCCGGGAUUCCAAGCUGGCAUCUCCUUCGGCGUAGACCUCAUCAUCGGCAUCACAGCCGAGAUCGAGACGGAAGGUGGCUUCGAGGUCACCAUCCCCGACGGAUCGUCAUUUACCAUCAACCUAGACGAGAAGGUUGGAAACGUCGGCAAGUUCACCGGCGCCUCCGCAACCCUCCUCCCCCUCUCCGUCGACGCGCCCGCCACCGUAACCGUAGCCCUGCGCGUAGCAGUCCAAGGCGGGAUCGAGCUGCCCUCCGUACCUCUGCUCGAAGCUAAGGCCAUCGCAGGCGCGUACAUCAACAUCCCCGAGGUGAUCCUCGGUGAGCAAUUCAGCCUGCCUCCCGCGAACGGCAGCGACUGCAUCCUGCCGGUGAGCGCGGAGAUCAACAUCAACGCGGGCGCCUUCGUCGACAUCGGCGUCGAGAUCGCCGACGUGACGCUCGGCGACUACGACCCGACCGUCAGCACGACGUUCUUCGACGCCGCGACGAGCACGUGCUUUAUCACCGCGGGCCAGACCACGUCCACGCCGCUUAUCACCGGAACGGGACCUGGUGCAGUUGCAUCCGCGACAUCGACGCUAGCAUGCCCCUCGCCGCUCGUAACUUCCACCGCGACCACGACGAGCACGUACACGGUGACGUCCUGCGCCGCCGCCGUGGUCAACUGUCCGAACAGCCUGACGCAAGUCAUCGUCGUCACGGACACCCUCACCCAGACCAGUUCCUCGUGCCCCGUAUCCACUGCUGCUUCCUCCGCCGCUGCUUCCCUCGCCGACGCGCCAUUCGUUAACGCGACGGCGACGGCGACGGCGCAGUACCUAACUCUUACGAGUCUGAGCGCGCCCGUGACGAACUCGUUGAGCGUCGCGGCGUCGGUCGUGACGCCGCAGAGCUCGCUUAUCACCGGGUCCGCGUACGUUACUGCGUCGGCGUCGGCGUCGGUGGCGGAGGACGAGGAGGGGGGUGCCAAGGAGGUCGCGACGCCGACGAGUUUGGUUUCCGUGUCGGCUCGCACGCCGUGCUCCAAGGUUACGCCGGCGCCGUCGUCGUCUUCGGCGGCUUAG